GCUGAUUGUGAGCAUUAAUUGCUAAACGGAUCCAAUUUGAGGAACAUGCUGACUUCUACGUGGGCAGUUUCUUUGGUGGCCUGCAUUGUUCUGGUGGCCCUGUACAAGGCCACACAGGCCACGGUUUACUACGUCAAGUGGAUCGGGUUCGUGCUCCUCUUCUCACUUUUGGCGUUGGUCUCAAUUCCAAUAAAUAUUUUGAAGGGAGGGAGACGACCAGACGGGACGAAUGUGUUAGGUUUCAUCCCAGCCAUUCGAGUCAUAUCGUGGAUCGUGGGAGUCGAGUGGGUAAUUGAAGGAAGGGAGCGUCUCGCCAAAAAUGGGGGUUGCGUCGUAGUAGCAAAUCAUCAGAGUGCAUUGGACUCGCUAUUAAUCGCCGAACUAUGGCCGACAAUGAGGAAGACAAGCGUUCUCGUGAAGAAGAGCAUCUUGUGGGUGUUUCCGUUCGGAAUUGGGGUGUGGUUAGCCGGCUACAUUUUUAUUGACCGUAGUAGCGCUGCAAGUUGUCGGGAAGGCAUGAAGGAGGCGGGACAAGUAAUGACAAAAACCGGAACAAAAAUCUGGAUAUUUCCGGAAGGAACUAGAUCAAAAAAGGGGGAACUGCAAGUAUUCAAGAGGGGAGCAUUCAAACUCGCCUUGGAAAAUAAAGUACCAAUAAUUCCCGUAGUUAUCGGACCCUACACUUUUAUCCGGGACGAGGAUAAGUGGUUUGGUCGAGGAAGAGUACACGUCUCUAUCUUACCAGCAGUUGAGACUGGAAGUUAUCAAAGAAAGGACGGGACACUGGAAAUUGAUAAGUUGUCCGAUAACGUGCGAGAUAAGAUGAACUUGGCUUUUGCCCAGUUAACAAAACAGUUCGAUCCGUUAAAUUGCAAUAAUAAUAAUAACAAUAAUAAAUGAACAGGAGAUUCACGAUUGAAAUGAAAA